UCUCUGAUUGGCCAUUGCUCAAGCGAACGGAGGGUCCAUGCGCGCCACCUUCUUGGACAUGGACAUGGACAGACGAAAGCGCGCGUACCCUGCCCAAGCAUUGCCACCAAACCCCUGGGCCAAUUGCACUCUUUCCUUUUUGGGACCCCCUACUGCGUCAUAACUGAUUCAUGGGAUAAACACACAUGCUCAUUCAAUCCUGAUCUCACACCUCCUUCUCAUCAACCCAGCUUCUUACAACCGACAACCAAACUCCCCAUCGCUUCACUCCUUCACAUCUACUCUGACCAUUUUUUUUCUCUCUCUCUUCAAAAAAUGGCAUCGCGUCUCACAAAGCUCCCUAUGGUCACCCUCUUUCACAACCCUUCUUCCAGAAUAUCCAUCGAAGCCCUCCGCCUCCUCAAAAAGGGUGCUAAUGCUAAAAAGUACGAGAUUGAUCUCGUUCAGACCAAGAGCUUCCCUCCAACCCAUCAACAGCUCGCCAAUAUCGUUGAAUUCAUGGGCCCCACGGCUUUAGAGGAAAUCCUUCUUCCAGAAGCACCCAAAGCUUCGACCCUUACAGAGCUUCAGGAGAUCCUAGAAAAGCAGCCGGUUUUGAUGAGGAAACCUUUGAUUAUCGAUUGGAAUAGAGCCAAAGCAUUCGUUGGGGAUCCUCCACAGAAAGUCAAAGAGUUUGUGAAGAGUAUUGAUGUUAAGCGCGACAAGUAGGAUUUUUGUAACACUCAUAGAAAUAAAAAAUAUAAUACGCGACCCUUCGACUUGUAUG